ACCAGAGUAGCCCACAGAGACAUCAGAGAGCCACUCGUUUGCCCACAGACACCCCACUUUCUCACUCAGUUAAAUCCGCCCUAGCCUUCUUUCUUGUUCAACAAUCAUCGUGAUUAUCGAUCCAAGGACUCGAAGAUGGGCAGGAAAUUCUUCGUCGGCGGUAACUGGAAAUGCAAUGGAACCACCGAAGAAGUGAAGAAGAUUGUGAAAACCCUGAAUGAAGCCUCCGUGCCAUCACAGGAUGUUGUUGAGGUGGUUGUCAGCCCCCCCUUUGUCUUUCUUCCCUUGGUAAAAGACGCACUUCGUCCUGAUUUCCAUGUUGCUGCCCAAAAUUGUUGGGUCAAGAAAGGGGGUGCUUAUACCGGUGAAGUUAGUGCUGAGAUGCUUGUCAAUUUGAGUGUACCUUGGGUAAUACUAGGACAUUCUGAAAGGAGAGCUUUGUUGGGUGAAUCAAAUGAGUUCGUUGGAGAGAAAGUUGGGUAUGCACUUGCUCAAGGUUUGAAGGUGAUUGCUUGUGUUGGUGAGACUCUUGAACAAAGAGAAUCUGGAUCAACUAUGGAUGUUGUUGCUGCACAAACUAAGGCCAUUGCAGAGCGUGUCUCUGACUGGACUAACAUUGUCUUGGCUUACGAGCCCGUCUGGGCCAUUGGAACUGGAAAGGUUGCCACCCCUGCUCAGGCUCAGGAAGUGCAUUCCGAAUUGAGGAAAUGGCUUCACAAAAACGUUAGCCCCGAAGUUGCUGCUUCAACCCGCAUCAUCUAUGGAGGAUCGGUGAAUGGAGGCAACUGCAAGGAGUUGGCUGGCCAAGCCGAUGUCGAUGGCUUUCUAGUUGGCGGCGCAUCUCUCAAGCCGGAGUUCAUCGACAUAAUCAAGUCUGCGGAAGUGAAGAAAAGCACUUGAUGAGGAUGGAAUGGAGACUUGUUCUUGAUCAACCUCACCUACCUCUCUAUAAAUUUCGUAAGUUUGGGAUAAAUAUAUAUGAUAUUUAGUUGGUGAAUAAACGUGGGAGACGAGACAACAAUGGUUGAUGGUUUUUGUGUACUGUGCACUGAUCAUCGUCGUCAUCAACAACUCACUGACUGCUUUUUGGAGUGUCCUUUGCAAUCGUUUUCGUUAUAAAACCAUUAUGUAUCAACUAAAUUAUGCUAUUCUUCUCACAGUAACAAUCGUCUUUUCGGGGAGUGGAUUAAUUUUUGUUGCUGAUUAUUUUA